GCGGGAUCCGCGUUUUUCGAUACCCCUUUCCAACGUAUCUCCAGAAUUUCGCCAUUAUCGUUAACUACCUUCCUUGUAAAAUCCUCUUUCUUAUCCUUUUCUCACCUUUCCGUUAUUGCUAACUAAUUAACUGAAUAAGUAUGACGAAGCAGCAUGUCAUUUUCUUUUUUUGAAUGCUAUACACAUUCCAGUGAAUUCAUUCUGUGACCCCGCGUAGAUUUCGUUAUUCGAUUCCGUGUAUCUAUGAGUAACUGCAAUCGCAUUGGGAUUCGCGAUAAGCCGUUUUUGAUUUUUAGGAUCUUGUUGCAACAACAACAAUGGAUAAUUCUUAUUAGUUAAUUAAAAAGGCAGGGAAGUAAAUAAAGUUCUGCUAUCCUAGGUAGUGUUUUUCGGAGAAAUUGAGGAUUUGGUUUGACAGAGGGGAAGUGUGCGUGCGUGAAAGUGCAACAAUGUCUGGUCAUGGUGAACACCAUAGCGUUCCCCUUUCGGUGCUGCUGAAGCGCGAAUUGGUGAACGAGAAAAUCGAGAAGCCGGAGAUUGUGUACGGCCAAGCCAGCCAGAGCAAGAAAGGAGAGGAUUUUAUUCUGCUUAAGAACGAAUGCCAGAGGGUCAUGGGAGAUGGCGUCUCCACAUUUUCUGUUUUCGGGCUAUUUGAUGGUCACAAUGGAACUGCUGCUGCUAUUUAUGCCAAGGAGAAUCUUCUAAACAACAUUUUAAGUGCAAUUCCUUCAGAUCUUAACAGAGAUGAGUGGAUAGCAGCAUUGCCCAGGGCUUUGGUUGCAGGAUUUGUGAAAACUGACAAAGAUUUUCAACAGAAAGCAAAAACAUCGGGAACAACUGUAACCUUUGUGAUUCUUGAAGGAUGGGUGGUAACAGUUGCAUCAGUUGGUGAUUCGCGUUGCGUACUUGAACCUGCUGAAGGUGGUAUUCAUUACUUGUCAGCGGAUCAUAGACUUGAAACCAAUGCAGAAGAGAGGGUCCGCAUAACCUGUAGCGGGGGUGAGGUUGGCCGGCUAAAUACAGGUGGAGGAGCAGAGGUUGGCCCUUUGAGAUGUUGGCCUGGUGGCUUGUGUCUUUCGAGAUCCAUUGGUGAUGCGGAUGUUGGUGAAUUUAUUGUUCCUGUACCAUAUGUAAAGCAAGUGAAGCUUUCUAGUGCCGGAGGAAGGCUUGUUAUCAGCAGUGAUGGUGUCUGGGACUCUCUAACUCCAGAAGUGGCCUUGGAUUGUUGUCGUGGCAUGUCAGCAGAGGCUGCAGCACCACAAAUUGUGAAUGAAGCUUUACAAGCAAAGGGUCUUAGAGAUGACACAACUUGCAUUGUUGUUGAUAUAUUACCCCAAGAGCAGCCGCAUACUUCUGUACGAACUCAAAAGAAACCGAUGAAAGGAAUUAUGAAGAUCUUCCGCAAAAAGGGCUCUGAAUCAUCAUCUCAUACCAACAAAGAAUAUGUAGAGCCAGAUAUUGUACGGGAGCUCUAUGAGGAAGGUUCUGCUAUGCUUUCAGAGAGGUUAGAGACAAAAUAUCCACUCUGCAACAUGUUCAAGUUGUUUAUCUGUGCUGUGUGUCAAGUAGAAAUCAAACCAGGGGAGGGUAUCUCAAUACAUGCGGGGAAGACCAACCCCGGAAAAUUGCGUCCGUGGGAUGGACCUUUUCUUUGCUCAAGUUGCCAAGAGAAGAAGGAAGCCAUGGAAGGGUUACGGAAAUCAGGAAGACAUCGUGGCAGUGACAGUGACGACUAAUGAAGUCUCAUGUGCGUUUGCAUUUUGAGAGUGACAAGGAUUGUUCAUAUGAAGGGAAUGUCGCAGCAACAGUAAUUCCCUUCUGUGAUCAAGAGUGCUUCUCAGAAUAUGGAUUUAUUUGGGAAUUCUAGAUCAAAAUCCAUGAUGGGGUUCUCACUUAUUUUCAGUGCAUCAAGGUGAGGAGACUAGCAAACUGUAGCUACUUGCUUGAAGAUUUCUGAUUUGGAAAACGGAAUAUGAUCCACCCAAGUAUUGUGAAUGGUUGUAAAAUCAGAGCAAGAUAUCGGAGGUAGUUGGCUUUUUUCUUCUUACCCAGAUCUGUUUAUUUUGUACAUGUGUUCUUCUGAGAUCUGGAAAACUGACCUUAAAUGAAAGUGGCCAUUGUUGUUGUAUUGCUAUAUAGUAGUGUUUAAUCAGACGUCAAUGGAAUUCCAUUCCACAAUAGAAAUUAAGCCUAAUGAGUGGUUGCUCUUGUA